CUUCGUGACAAUGCCAGACUCACUGGCUGGAGGGACAGCCCAUUCAGGGAACAGCCUUGCCGGCUCGAGGACUCUGGACCUGCUCCUUCUUCGUCCUCAGCAGACAGCACGUCACGCCAAGAACGAAGUAGCUGCCCGACUGAAAAGCUUCUCGCCCACACAUCUCCUUCUCUCCUCCUUCACCAACUCUUCAUCGCCUCGCGGCUCGCCGCAGGCUUCAUCGCCUAAGCCUUCCCGACCUUAUUCCCACCGCGUGGUCUGGUCGGCAGCAGCUCUAGAGCUCAGCAGCCGCUCGCAUGCUGCUGCCGGCCAGACUCCGCGCAUCGCACCAUGUGGUGCGGGCGUCCUCCCAACCCAGACUCGAGUCAGAGCCAGCACUUUCGCGAUGCGUUUUUCCACCGUCGCUAUCACCCUCGCGGCCGCUGGGCAUCCCCCAAGGGCGUCCCGAUCGACGUGCUGCCUCGACGCAUACCUCGACACCUCCUCAUAGCCUCUCUUGAAGACCUAUGGCAAACCCCUAUGUGGCUUGGGCCUGCUAUGAUCCAAGAUGCCUCCGACGGCUGCGCCUCCGUCACAAUCUCAACAGGCACAAAUCGGCGCUGGAUGCUGUCAAUUUCCUCCCAACACAGUCUCCAUUGGUGGUCCGAAGCUGGAACUCUAGCUGGGCGUUCGUCACCUCGAAACCUUCGGCACCUUCCACAGCGUUCAUACUGUUCACCACCCUGCAAACACGGAUAUCCAACGUCAACGAAUGGUUGGGACCGCCCGACGGACCACCGCGUCCCGCCCUCGCGGUACUUCUACAUGUGCUACAACAAACAUUCAGCCCCAUGUCGUCGACACUCUCCUACCCAGUGCGGACCCUCUCGGUCAAACCCUUUCGGCUGUUCUUCCGCUCAUACACACUUAUAUGGUUGGAUGAGGGGCUCUCAAAGUACACCUUUGGUAGUCAAUAGAAGAACUUUGCU